ACAAGGAACAGAACGUUACAGACAGAACACAACACAACAUCUCAACACUCCUUGCUGGCUGCCUUAAAACCUUAAUAAUAAUCCUUUUCUCUUCUCUCUCUCUCUCUCUCUCUCUUUGUUCCAUUUUUUCAUUCUUUCUCUUCCACUGUUUCCUCUGCAUUUCUAUAUAAACUCUAUAUUUCCGGCGAAAUCAAUGCGACCCAGUUUUUAGAAUCUUACUGUUAUAUCAUCGUUCGCCGGAAAAUCAUAUUUUCUUAUCAUAGUUGCGGCAAAACCACCACGACCGAGUUUCUACAACCUCACUCCAAGAUACACAUUCAACAAAAGAACCUAACUUUUUUGAAUUUUCCGGCGACCCAUUUCAUAGAAAGCUACUCUGAGUGUACAACAAUGUCGAUCUUCGACGGAGCUUUCAUCAACACACAGCUCUCCAAACACACAUCGAUCUUCGGUCUCCGUUUAUGGGUUGUAAUCGGAAUCUUAAUCGGGGUUGUAAUCGUCUUCAUCCUCUUCUUAAUCUCCCUUUGUGUAGUUUCUCGCCGGCGCCACCGCCGUACCGACGACUACAAAAUCACCGGAGCUACUCCAGCUAAAGAAAUCCAAGAGAUCGUGCAUAUUCCAGGACCCCACAUGCUCCGGCGACCAGCUCCGGCGAAAGUACCGGAGAUCCACGUGGAUAUUGGAAGACAAGAACACCGUGUGGUUGUUAAGUCAGAUAGGGUUUCAAGUGGUGAGAGUAAAGGUACAGUUGGAAGUGGGUGUGAAACGACGUCGUCUUUUGGAAGUGGUAGUGUUGGUGGAAUUGGACCUGAAGUAUCACAUCUUGGAUGGGGAAGAUGGUAUACUUUGAGAGAGCUUGAAGAUGCUACUGGUGGAUUGUGUCCAGAAAAUGUUCUUGGUGAAGGUGGUUAUGGAAUUGUUUAUCAUGGUGUUCUCACUGAUGGUACUAAAGUUGCUGUCAAAAAUCUCUUGAAUAACAAGGGCCAAGCUGAAAAAGAAUUCAAAGUCGAGGUAGAAGCAAUUGGUCGAGUACGGCACAAAAAUCUUGUUAGGUUGCUUGGAUAUUGUGUUGAAGGGGCCUACAGGAUGCUUGUGUAUGAAUAUGUGGACAAUGGCAAUUUAGAACAGUGGUUGCAUGGGGAUGUUGGACCUGUAAGCCCUUUGACAUGGGAAAUACGCAUGAAUGUUAUAUUAGGAACAGCAAGAGGGUAUAAUAUUUAUGAUUUUUCUAAACUAAUUGCAAUUCAUGUCGAUUCAAGAAUGUCGUUGUCACCGUAUUUUAUUUUGUAUCUUCUCAGAUUGGCCUAUCUUCACGAAGGUCUUGAACCUAAGGUUGUUCACCGAGAUGUAAAAUCAAGCAACAUCCUCCUCGAUCGCCAAUGGAACUCCAAGGUUUCUGAUUUCGGGCUUGCCAAGCUUUUGAAUUCUGAGAAUAGUUAUGUCACGACUCGAGUAAUGGGGACAUUUGGUUAUGUUGCACCAGAAUAUGCCUGCACGGGAAUGCUUACCGAGAAGAGUGAUGUUUAUAGCUUUGGGAUACUUAUCAUGGAGAUAAUUACUGGGAGAAGUCCUGUUGAUUAUGGUAGACCACAAGGAGAGGUUAAUUUAAUAGAGUGGUUGAAGACUAUGGUUGGUAAUCGAAAAGCUGAGGAAGUAGUCGAUCCUAAGCUACCUGAGAUGCCAUCUUCAAAGGCUCUUAAACGUGCUCUAUUAAUUUCUCUUCGGUGUGUUGAUCCUGAUGCAACAAAGAGGCCUAAAAUGGGACAUGUCAUUCACAUGCUCGAGGCAGACGACCUGUUAUUCCAUAAUGAUCGCAAAACUGGAGGGGAGUCUUCGCGAUCCCUUCAUGAUUUUCAACAAGAGCACGAGGACUCAAAUUUGGAUAAGAGAACAGAUGAAGGUAUAAGUGUUGAAACUGAACAUGGUAGUGCUAGAAAUAAUUAUCAGUCUACUAGGGGGAGAUGAACAUAGUGUGAUAAAUUAAAUAGAAUUAUGUAUUUUAGUUUUUUAUUUAUUUAUUUUUUAUCUUUAGUAGUUUGCCCUUAUUUGUUUUUAUCUCAAUUUAUAAAAAAAUGAAAGGAGUAUCUGUUUAUUUGUUUGUCUCAUUACACAAAUUUUACCCCUGUUGUUACCAACCCCAAUUUGGGAUUCAUAUUCAAAUGUAUACUGUGAGUUGUUAUUGUAAAAUAAAAAAUGUUUAUGACAA